UUGAAAGGAAAGCAGCUCACCUCACCCUCACCCUUACCCUUCUAGACCUACAGUCCCUCGCAACACCGAGUCUCGCAAUAGACAUCUCUUCGAUUCGACUAACCUCUCACCUCUGCCGCACUCGGUCGCAUCGCAUCUACAUCUACAUCUACAUCCGAAGUGCUGCGCAAUUUGAGACUUCGAUUCCAAAAUCCAGCUGCUUCAACGUCUUGCGAUCGCUCCUUCUCCCUCCCCUUCCACUCCACUGCCCGAACUCGACGAACUCGAACCUCUAAGGUAACCUCGACCCGCAUUUGGAUCGCCAGUACCAAGUUGCAAAGGGAAAGCACGUUCUACAUACCAUAUCCGCCUGCCCAGCUGAAAGGCUGCGCUCUGAGUCAAGAUGCCUCGUAAGUUCACAUUUCACGCUUCAUUCAUCAUCACUUCUACAGAACAACCAACCGCGCAUCAGCAAGAUGGGAUCCGAGACAUACCACAUAUACGACGCAUCAAACAUGUACCGGGGUAGUUACAACAUGGCGAGCAGUGGUGAGGUCUGGUACGCACCCCAGGCUGCACCAAUGGACCCUACAAGAGCCUUGUCUCGACGACAAGCACAUCUCUCGUCCCAAGAUUAUCACUCGGGGCUGGACACUAUCAACGAAUAUGCUCCAGCCCAUGGUCUCAUGAGAGCAUACUCCAACGCUCCGCCUCGUACCAAGAACUUCGUUGCACCAACACACCCUCAAAUGAUAGAGGUCUUCCCUGCUUCGAGCAAUGAUGGUGUCAGACACGCAGACGAAGGCACACCCCUCAUGGAAGAUAUUUACACAGCUGUUGAUAGUCUUGCACCUAAUGACACCGAAAUCGGAUCGAAUUGGCCAUAUGCUAACAGCAAAUUUUGUCCAGUCCAAGAUGCAGACUUCAGCGUUAAUUCAGACGCAUAUUCAAUGCCAUUUUCGGAGCUGAAAGAUGCUGUCAUUGGUGUCGAAGCAACAUCAUACCUCCAACACAUGAUCGACGGCCAGCCUGCUCACGAACCUCUCCUCGCAGCACUCGGUGGAGAUCCAAUAGCAUUGAAGCACCAUAUUGGGAAUGAUUUGGAUAGAUGGAGCGAGAACAAAAUGCGGCCUUUCUUUGUAUUUGAUGGACAAUCGGUUGUUGGUAAGGACGAAAUGGCGCUGAAAAAUGCUAGAGCGGCUCUCGCAAAGACGCAAAAAGCAUGGGAACUGUACAGCAAUAACCACCCCGAAGAGGCCGUGAAGACCUUUGGUGCUUCUGGCGCCGUACGAGCACAAGACUUGUACCAUAUUCUUCAAGAAGUCCUAGCUGAGAGAGGGUUGGACUUUCAGAUCGCGCCAUUCAGCGCAUGUGCCCAGCUUGCCUACCUUGACACACUUGAAGAACAAUUUAUUGAUGGCAUUAUGGGUUCGAAAGAGCUGCUCCUCUACGAGAUCAAUGAUGCAAUUAUCCAUCCUCCAACCUCUAGUAACUGGGAAGAAAAGUGCUUUUACGGCAUCAUCAAGUCCGAAUUACUAACAAAACUUAACGUUGUCGCGAAUCCAGAAAUGUUUCAUGAUGCACUUCUCUUGGUUGGCACCUCAUUUUUACCGCCAUUUCCUCCUCUCCAAGUCGAAGGCAUUAUUUCUUCGCAACCGUAUACACUCACAGACGCAAUCAACCUCUUGCGGACAUCCAAUAGAUCAGUGACAAGCACCUGCAGUACUUUCCAGGACGUUCUCGAUAAGCAUGAUCAGAACUGGUUGACAAAGUACCGGAAGGCAAAGAUGAGCGUGAAGCAUUGCUGCACAGUUACCACAGACGGUCUUGUUCAUAUUCGAGACUGGGACAACCUCUCAGCCGAUAACUCGGAAUAUCUAGGCUUACAGAUGCCUUCCGAGCUCUAUCAUUACCUCUCCAAAGCUCUGAUUGGACCAAGAAUCAUCAAUUGCUUUGUGCACUUGAAGUGGCAUAUUUUCCCGACCUUGGAUGGAGUUGUCUCGGAUGAGUAUAAGAAGCUGGUUACCCAGUCACUACUCCCUUUGAAGGAGACCACUGCUGCCCUGGUUUCUUCGCGCAUCGCUCGAGCAACACAAUUCAAAGAUAUCGAGAUGAUAUUCUGGUUUGACGAGAACCUCAAAAAGACUCUUGUCCAUCGAAACAUGCAGCCUCAAACCAACCAGCAGACUGAUUCAUGGGGAGUGAAGGAUGCACAGCUUAAAACUCAAGCAACAGCGACCGGAACAUCUCCUGUAACUCUAUCAUUUGCCCUCCUCUCGCUACAAUCGAAGGAUUUCCCCGCUACAACUAUCUAUGCCGCACCGGCUAAAGGCCACAUAACCGGUAUCAACUCGAAGACAGAGCUUCAGUCGAAUGUGCUCUGGCGUUUUCUCCAUCUCAGAGGGUACAUCAACGACCAACAUCAAUUGACCAGUUGGGGUAAAGCCUUGGCAACGACUUUGAAAGCAAUUGGACCUUCUGUAAAGGCCUACAAUGAUGUUCACCACCUCGAAGAGGCUGCAUUUCUCGCCUUCGAGCUUCUUUCCUUCGAUAAUCUCAAUUCGCGCAACCGUCACUCGGAACUAAUCGGUGCGCCUCUUCGUGGAUCUGAUGACGAUAAGGCAAAUUGUAUAUUGAUAGGGCGCACGUCGUGUCUUCUCAAGCUCCGUCACCAAAACCUUGGUUACACUGGGCCACUCAGCAAGAAUUUCCUGUCGUUCCAUUCGAUCAUUAAAGAAGUCCGCGAGACCGACAGAGACCUCUUGGAAGGUGUUCUUGCGUCGUUGCUUCUCAACGGGCAAGGGGAACGCCCCCGGGACGACUGCGAUGGGCUAGGACGAAGUCUGCCUUUCUCCAAGGACAUCGACACCAGUCUCGGAAUCGCAGUUAAAACUUAUCUCGAUGACUUCUUCAAGGCCGAAUGGACCCCAGAAGAACGCGAAGCCAACAAGGCAGAAUACAUCAAGAAGUACCUCCCACACAGCGUCAACUUCCCCGAAGACUUGGAUGUUGCCUUCAAGUUCUUCGAUGCAGUCUAUGAAGGUGUAUCAACUCUGGGCAAAGAGAUCAACGAGGCAGACAAGAAGGUCUGGGAUAAUGCGUAUGCGUACCUGGCCAAGCGGCGAUAGAUGGUUUUGGGGGUUGGGCGAUAGUAAUUCUGGCUGAAUGCUUGGCUUCCUUGACAUUCUUGUAUCCUCGGCAGCAUGGAUUCUACGACAGUAUGCUUAAUCUUAGGUAUAUUGAAUAUAUUACGUCAACCCAUUACUGUAAUGCUUUGGUGUUCCAUCGAGACGUUGCGACGGGCGAGCAUAAUUAACAGUAACCAUUGGAAGGAAACUCAUUCAGUGAAUACCCCGGUGCAGACAACAUGUGCAGAGAUUGGUUGCCUACAACCAGGUGUAUGCAAAAGUGCUUUAUUGCGCGUGUACCUUGGCCCCAUGUGACAGGCUGAAC